AGCACACGGGGAACUCAACCCACACGCCGUGCCAAGUUCCAAUUUUACUUUGUCAGGAAGAAAUUAAGACAACGAAAAAAAAAAACCAAUGAAAUAUUAGAGCUUUGUUUCUUCCAAUUCAACAAAAGUCCUUACUUUUCCGUAAAAAGGAAGCGAAUUGGACUAAGAAGGGAAAGGAAGUAAUGAACGUGAGCCGUCCUUCUGUGCACCCGGUGGAGGCUCCACCUUUGACGGAGGCUGCCGUGCACGAUCCUAGAGUGAGGAUGAAGGACGUCCAAGGCAUGCCUGGGACUAAAGGUGGCCUCUUUCUUCGUCUUUCUCAGUUCAUUUUUGCCAUUAUUUCUGUCUCUGUAAUGGCCACCACCAAUGAUUUCCGCUCCGUUACAGCUUUUUGCUACCUCCUUCUUGCUGUUGGCUUGCAAAGUUUGUGGAGCCUGACCCUGGCAUUUGUCGACAUAUAUGCCCUUUUGGUGAAACGCAGCCUGCGGAACUACAUAGCGAUCUGUUUGUUCACCAUUGGUGACGGGAUCACUUCCACCCUUACAUUUGCUGCUGCUUGUGCAUCUGCUGGAAUCACAGUUCUGAUUGGCAAUGGUCUUGAUAAAUGUGCUAUCAACCACUGCACUAGGUUUGAGACUGCUACAGCAAUGGCCUUUAUCAGCUGGUUUGUCAUGUCACCAUCCUUUCUGUUGAAUUUCUGGUCAUUGGCAUCCCAGUGAUGAUUGUUUACAGGGUUGAUCGGUGAAAUUUGUACUUCUGUUGUAGCGUUGUGCAACCUUUUCAAUCUGUUUUAUUGUUGAUUGCACCAACAGUGUACAUAGAUGAUUUUUGCUAGGUUUCCUAAGGUAAUUUUUUCCAUUUUGAGUACAGUAUUUGUAUCUUUGAGGGAAAGCAAUUAUUAAAUUAUAAAUUACUUGCUUCCCCGCUUUUCGUUGCUGAUAAUUGAAUUACCAUUUUGAAGAUAGUGAUUCUUCUUAUCCUGUCUAGGGCUGAUAGUCCCAGUGCUGGUUACUCUUCAUACAUUGGAAUAAUUAUUUCUUCUUAUCCCAACAUUGGAUGUUUUGAUGAGGCUCAAGCUUGCUUCUAAAAGUCGACUGAAGGGAUUAACUAUGUCAUUCUUACACUAGCCUGUUGGUGCCUAACAUUGCGACACAUUGUUCUUUUUCUUUUUAGGUACAUAGGAGGCUGCAUGCUGAGAAUAGGAGAAGAGAUUGUAGAGCUAGCAUUUGAAUCCCAUACCUGCUGUAUUUCACCUCUUAAUGGUGGCUAAAUGAACUAACCGAGCUAAUUAAGCUCCGGCUUCAACUUUGCGACACAAUGUUUGCUAUACAUCUUUCUGUUCUUGCUGUUCUGAAAAUGACUUGAUUUCAUUGGUAGUUUGGACUCAAUCAGAUAUUCAGUUUAGACAGAAGUUUCUGCAAGCAUUUUGAAAAUGGUCUGUGCCUUCUGGUUUGGAUGGUUUCUGCAAUACACACUUUGCACGCUUAGGGAAUAUCCUUCAUGUUUAUUCUUUCACAUGAAAUUGAUAAUGGUCGGUUAUAUUCUUCAUGGUCAUUGUUGAACAGAGAAUAGGAUUUAGAUUAAUCCCAGAAUUUAGGGCUAAGCUAUAACACUUGUAAUUUGAGAUGUCAGCAAAUUUAGUUUCAUGCAUAUGUAAUCAACACUAGUUGCAUGUUUCUUGAGUUUGUUUCUUUGACUUAGAAAUUCUG